ACUAUAGAAUAAUACAUGUUUAACAAUUAACGACAAUCAAACACAACACACUUCACGAAACAAAUGAGAAAUGUUGCAACUGAAAAAAGGUUACACCCGGUGCGGCCCGCCCCUGCCCCCCCCCCUUUGCUAUGCCACUGAUCGUAACAAUGCAUGUUUAUUUUUCUCACCAACUUUUUUUGGAUUUCUCCAGACAGACACGGUCUCUAGAUUCCAAGAAUCAAAUCUGUGACAUGUCAGAUUUUAUACACCAUACGUUAUGCAGACAGUGAAAUGGCCCUAACUCAACAUUCACAAAAACAAUCCUGUUAUUAUUUGAACUAAAAAGUAAAACAGCUUUCUCUGAAUCAACAAUUGAGAUUAUCAAUUAUUCCACUCUAAAUUAUAGAAUUUACAAAGAUUACACAAACAAAGAUAAAAUUCUUCUUUCAAAUUUUCAGAGAUAAAUUUAAAUUGACAUACAGAUAAUAGUUAUCUCAUCUUUCAUGUCAAAAUUUCAGAUGGGAUGCUGUGAUUUAUUAAAGUAGUACAAUAAUACCUGUUUAUUAUUGUUUUGUUAGACAUCAAUAAUAGUAUUAGGAGGUGACAGACAAUGAUAAAAGGCAGCCAGGAUGUGACAAAUUUGAAAACUGUGGAUGAAGAGCAAGGAGCUGUAAAUAUUAUUUGUCUGAAGAGGGUGCUGGGGCUACCGAGUGCUGUGGGCCUGAUAGUCAAUGUAGUUAUAGGUUCAGGAAUAUUUGUUACUCCUGGAAUUGUGAUGGGUUACUCAGGCUCAGUCGGAUUAUGUACAGUGGUCUGGAUUCUUUCUGGGUUCAUAUCAUCAUUAAGUGCAAUGUGUGUGGCAGAGCUCAGCACCGUAGUUCCCAAGUCGGGUGGAGCUUACGCUUACUUCUUCGCAGCUUAUGCUGAUCUCCACCAGUUCUUCGGACCUCUUCCCAGCUUCCUCUACAUGUGGGUGAUCCUGCUCAUCAAUACCCCUUGCUCUCUUGCCCUCACGUCCAUGAUCUUCGCUAGCUAUGUCUAUGGAACGUUCCGCCCACUUGUGACUGAGGAGUUCAACUCCCACUAUGAGACCAUUUUGAAAGACAUCCUUGGCAUCUCAGUAUUGCUUGCUGUCGGUAUAAUGAACUAUUUUAGCACCAAGUCUUACAGUUACAUGCAGAAUUACUUUACAGUCUCCAAAAUGUUUGGAUGCUUAUAUGUAAUACUUGGUGGUCUUUAUAUGGUUGUUACAGGAAAAGGAAAGCCAGUCCAAUUCACAUUUGAUGGUUCAAAAAUCACCUUGGAUUCCUUGGUCAUGGCUUUCUAUUAUGGGAUUUACACUUAUAAUGGUUGGAGUUCUGUGGCUGGGGUAACUGAGGAAAUAAAAAAACCAGACAAGAAUAUCUUGAGGAGUGUGAUCUUAUCAUUGGCUACUCUCACAGUGUUAUUUGUCAUGAUGAACUAUGCCUACCUCACUGCCAUGUCUAUCCCUGACUUCAUCCUCAGUGAUGCUGUUGCUGUUGACUUUGGAAAUGAAGUUUUUGGCAGAGGGAAAAUCAUAAUAUCUGUAUUUGUUGCUAUGAGUCUCAUAGGCUCCAGUCUCUCUACUGUCUUCUACUCUUCACGGUUAUGGUUUGCAGCUGCAAGGAAUGGUCAAGUGGCUGAAUUUCUCUCAUAUAUUCACAAGAAACGGAUGACACCCACUCCAGCAGUUAUUGUUGAGGUAGGACUAGCUUUGAUAUUCUUUCUGCUGGGGAGGAGUAUUGUGGACCUGAUAAAAUUGAUAGCCUACCUGAUCUGGAUCUUCAACACUCUGACCAUGAUAACUGUUUACGUCUUACGCUACAGGCAACCUCUAGCAAACAGACCGCACAAGGUGCUCCUGGUGGUCCCAGCUCUGGUGGCUACUGUAUACACUGUUAUGACAGUAGUUCCCCUGAUUACACAACCUCCAACCAGGUACAUUGUGUCAGCGCUCCUGGUUUUGCUGGGGAUAGUAUUCUACUAUCCUUUUGUCUUCAGGCAAAGACCAGCCAUGUCAAAAGUUUCAGAUAAACUUUCAAGAUUUAUUCAAGACAUUUUACAUGUAGAACCACAGACAGCAGAAUAAGCCUGGAUAACUAUUAACACAAGUACUUACAAUAUUGUAUCAUCUAAGGUUAAUAUUGAUCGAACUGUGCGAUUAUUUUCUGAGUUAUAAAAACAGCUUAUUAAAAUGCCAA